AUGUCCACAACUCCCACUCAACCCGCUCUUCCUGAAAAUCACAAACUCACAAGCGAAAAUACAGCCCAAAUACUGAUCCCAAUUACCGAGAAGAGCGACAACAAGGCAUUCAUUAAUCCCAUACAGGAGUUUAAUAGGGACCUGUCUGUAGCCGCUAUCAAAGUUUGGUCCGAGAUCGUUCGCGACGAGAAGUCUGCCAAGUUCAAGCAGAGGCUGGAGAAGAACAGCAACCGUAACAGUACCGGUAACAGCACCGGAAAGCGGAGAGAGCCUAUCGAAAACCCAGACUGGGUGCACAAUUUCAGCAUUCUCGACGCUCUCUCAGCUACCGGCUUGCGAGCCAUCCGAUACGCCAAAGAGAUCCCCAACGCCAACCGCAUCUACGCUAACGACUUUUCUCCCGACGCCGUCGCUGCCAUCCGCCAAAACGUCGCGUACAACCAGCUACAAGGGCGGGUAAACGUGACGGAAGGCGAUGCGAGUGCGCUCAUGUACCAGCACCGCAGCAAGGCGCAAUUCGACGUCAUUGACCUGGAUCCAUACGGUACAGCAGCCCCGUUCAUUGAUGCAGCUGUGCAGUCGCUUAGCAGUGGGGGUCUUCUCUGCAUCACCUGCACCGACACUGCCGUCAUGGCCGGCACCAACUACCCGGAGAAGUGUUUCUCCAACUACGGCGGCACGCCUGUACGCGCCGAGUACACCCACGAGGCGGCACUCCGUCUCAUCCUCAACUCCAUCUCCCAGUCGGCAUCGCGGUACGGGCGCUACAUCGAGCCCAUGAUGUCGCUCUCCAUCGACUUUUAUGUGCGCAUGUGGGUGCGCAUCCACGACGGCUCUGCCGAGACCAAAAAGGCGUUUAGUAAAACGGGGAGUGUGCAUGUUUGCUCUUUCUGCCGCGCGCACACCAUCCAGCCUUUUGGGAGGGUAGUGGAGAAAGUGAGCGGGAAGGGAAAUGUCUCGAGCAAGUUCCAGGCAGCGCAGAGCGUGGGUGUAGGCUCGGGUGUGGAUGCGAGUGGGCGAUGCAGCGAGUGUCACGCGCACUGUCACACUAACGGCCCCAUGUGGAUCGACAAGCUGCACAACAAAGCCUUUACGCAGCGCCUCUUGCAGCACGUCACGCAGGCGCAGGAGGGCACCUACGGUACGGCUACGCGUAUGAAGGGGAUGGUGAGCACAGCGCACGACGAGCUCGACGAGCCGUUCUACUUCACCACAGACAGCGUCGCGAGCGCUAUGAAGCUGACGGCGCCCUCUAUGGUGACUGUUGGGUCCGGCCUCGUUAACGCGGGGUACGCCGUCUCACGCUCGCACGCCCUCCCCGGGUCCAUCAAGACAGAUGCACCUGUUAGCGCCGUGCAUGACAUGAUGCGCAAGUGGAUGCUGUCCCAUCCCGUCAAGCUGGAAAACGUCAAGGAGGGCUCGCCUACAAGACACUUGCUCACCAAGGAGCCGCGCAUCGACGCUGAUCUCACCCAUAACCAGAAAGUCGUCGAUCUGUUCAACUCCAAGGAGAAAAUCAGACGGUAUCAGGCCAACCCGGCGAACUGGGGUCCAUUGGCAAGGCCGGCAAGGGGUGACAAGAUUGAGAAGCAAGGGGAGAAAGAUGAAAAAGUGGAAGACAAGCACGAAAAUACAGGAGACGAGCGCAAGAAUGUAGGAGAUAAGCGCUCGCAGGAGCAUUUGCAGGAUCGCACAGACAUUACUCACACUAAGAAAGCUAAAGUAGGCUAA